CUUUGCCCCCUCUCUCCUGCAGGUUGUUGAUGCCGGCGCUCCAGGGCUUCCUGAUGCUGCUGCCCUCGCUGCAGGUGGUCUGGAGGAGUCUGACGGACAUGUUCAUCACGCCUCUCUUCCACAGCAUGGGGAAGAGUCUGUCCUCCGUCAACGUGAAAACUACAGAGUACUGACACCCCUCUGCCCCCCCCACGGAGAGGAACUAUAGGACAGACUGCAGUCAAGGAAAAAAGAGUGAACCAGUGGAAACCAUGAGCUCUUUAUAAAGUCAAAUAAGAAUAAUGGGCAAUAAGCAACACUUUGAUCAUUGCAGGUGCACGACUACUAGAAAGCUGGGCUAAAUUUGGUUAAAAAAGAAAUCUCAGUUUUGUCAAUUUUUUUAAUAUUCUGUAUAUUAGUCAAGACUUGAUACAUAUUGAAAUACAGUCUUUAAAUUCUCUUAAAAUAAGAGUUAUACCUCAAAUAGAAGUCCUUUCUUUAAAAAAUGUCAUCAAAUUUAAGCCAAUAUUCCUUGAUUUGAUUAAACCUGCAAAUCAACUAUUCCACGCCUUAAGGAUUAGUUAGUCACAAAA